AGUUAUUCCAUAGAACGUCUGUACAGGAAACAGAACCACAUGUACUCACUGAGGAUACAUUGUCUAAUGCCUAAUAUACCAAGAGCUAUGUGCUGAAGGAAAGCCACUGUGCUACUGGAAGGGGUCAGAGGAUGCUACCAAUAUUUCGGAGAAAAGAAGGAUGGACAGACGUCAUCAUGCCUUUAAUAAAAAAGGGGACAGCUGGAAUUGUCUCCUGUUGUUGUUUUUUCUGUUAAUCUUCACUGUGGUCUCCAUCAACAUCUUUCUUUAUGUUUACCUCGAUCAAAUGUACCAGCCAUCAAAAUAUAGUCAGGUGGACCCCAGCAUGUGUCUACAAGGCCAUUUCAGGAUGGGAAGGAUGAAGGAUUGUUCCUCCUGGCUGUCCUGCGAGUCAAUCGGAAAGGAAGUCCGGAAAUUAAAACUCGUUGGUGAAGGGGCAGUUAAAAAGGUUUUCUUGGCUGAAUGGAAAGAGAUGAAGGUUGCCUUUUCCCAGCUCACACAGCUAGAGCUUCUGGAUGACUUUGUGCAUGGCUUACGAAUGCUACAGUCCCUGCAGAGUAGGCAUGUAGUGACACUUCUGGGUUUCUGUGAGAAGGAUCAUACCAUCUUAACAGAGUACCAUCCCCUCGGCUCCCUUAAAGACUUGGAUAAAACCUUUGCACUCCCGAGGUAUAAGAGUCUAAAUACGUGGCAGACUCGCUUUAGGCUUGCUAUAGACUAUGUAGGUAUCAUUAAUUACCUACACAAUAGCCCUCUUGGUGUGCUGGUCAUGUGUGACUCCAAUGACUUGAAUAAGGUACUCUCACAGUUUCUAUUGACUAGUGACUUCCAAGUGAUUGCCAAUGACCUGGAUGCUUUGCCUGCAGUAGAUAAAGAUAAGGGCAUAUUGGUCAAAUGUGGCCACAGAGAAAUUACAGGUGACUUUGUUGCUCCGGAACAGCUGUGGCCACAUGGACCUGGAGUGGAAUUUUCGGAUGAUCUCAUGCCUCCUUAUGACGAGAAGACUGACAUUUGGAAGAUCCCAGCUGUGACAGAUUACCUCCUGGGUCAUGUGACUGGAAGUGACAUUGUCCGAUUUCACCUUUUUGACAUACACAGUGAGUGUGGAAAGCAGAACCCGUUGGAGAGGCCCUCCGCUCAGACUGUGUUGGAGACUUACAGAAGAGUCUUUACAUUGUUGAUGAAAGAUAUGGCUGUAUCCGAAACCAGAGAGAUGUUGUGAAGUGUUUGGGGUAUAAUAUCUUAAGAAAGGAAAUGUCCUUUGAAUUCUACAAACGUUUGUUCUUAUGUAGGUGAUAUUUAAGCCUGUUGCUAAGUUUUGCGUUAAGGACAGCUUGAUGAAAUGUUUACUGUAGUCAUGUUUUGUCAGUCACACUGAUGUUGCACCAGUGCUAAAGUCACGCUCUUGAUUAACUUAUGUGUUAAAAUAAACUUGUCACUACUUUCUAAGAUCACCAGUGAUCUAAACAAGGGCUAGGUUGUUACAGAAUUCUUCAGAAUUUUCCUGCAAUGCCCCUAAAAGUUCAUGGCUGGCUAACGUCGGUUCUGUGCAAAACUGAGGGCUGGCGCCAGCAUCUACAACAUGCCGACGCCAGACAGCCAGUGGCUAUACAGCAUCCCUUAAGUCCAUCCUCCCUUCCCCCUUAUGUGAGCGAGUGACAUCAGGCAGGGAGGAUCUUGCAGUAGGGAGAGUUUGGACUCGGUGAUGGGAUGGAGGUGAAUUUUACAGUUUUAUUUUUCAUUUGGGGGUGGACUUCCUCAGAAAGGGUUACUUUAAUCAAAACUUUUAUGUUCAUAAAACACUGGUUUUGGUUAGAGUAACCCUUUAAAUCAUGGGCUGAUAGUUUCAGAACUUCCAGUAUAUUGCUUUAAUUCAAAUGAUGAUAAACGUUGAUUUUU